AAAACGUAUCUCUGUGUAUUAUGGCCUUAUCAACAAUAUGGCGUCCAAAAGGGUUGACGACGUAGGAGAACCUGCUAAAGAAAUGCAAUCGCCAGAGAAAAAGAAAAAAGAAAUAAGAGUAUGGAUGGAUGGAUGUUUUGAUAUGGUCCAUUUUGGACAUGCUAACGCUGUUCGUCAGGGUAAAGAAUUUGGAGACAAGCUGUUAGUUGGUGUUCAUUCAGAUGCUGAGGUAACAAAACACAAAGGUCCUCCAGUUUAUACAGAAGAAGAACGCUACAAAAUGGUUCGAGCGAUAAAGUGGGUGGAUGAGGUUAUUGAAGAUGCACCUUAUGUUACCACACUUGAAACCCUUGAAAAAUAUGACUGUGAUUUCUGUGUUCAUGGGGAUGACAUCACAACAACUGCAGAUGGGGUGGAUACUUACCAUCUAGUGAAAGCAGCCAAUAAAUACAAAGAAUGUAAGAGAACUGCUGGGGUCUCUACAACUGACUUAGUUGGAAGAAUGUUGCUUGUGACCAAGACCCACCACCAGAGAGAUGAAGACAGUAUAGAUGAACACCAUGUCGGGGCUAUCAGUAAGAUGUUUAGUACUGGAGAAGGUCCCAGCUCCCAUAGCCCGUGGACAGGUGUCUCCCAGUUUUUGACUACCACUAAGAAGAUCAUCCAGUUCUCUGAGGGUAAAGAGCCCAAACCUGGAGACAAGAUUGUCUAUGUUGCAGGUGCUUUUGAUCUGUUCCAUGUUGGGCAUGUUGACUUCCUAGAAAAAGCUGCAUCACUGGGGGAUUUCCUCAUUGUUGGAAUACACACAGAUCCCGUAGUCAACAGAUACAAAGGGUCAAACUAUCCAAUCAUGAAUAUGCAUGAAAGAACCCUCAGUGUUUUGGCAUGCAGAUAUGUAUCAGAAGUAGUAAUUGGUGCUCCCUACUCUGUGACCCCUGACCUAAUGGAACAUUUUAAAGUUGAUGUUGUAUGUCAUGGAAUGACCCCCGUGAUGCCAGAUGUAGAUGGGGCUGACCCUUAUGAGGAACCGAAGCGCCAAGGAAAAUUUAAAAAUAUUGACAGCAGAAACAAUUUGACUACCCAGAUGAUUAUUGAAAGAAUAAUUAAACACAGGCUUGAAUAUGAAGAAAGAAACAGAAAAAAAGAGGAGAAAGAGAAAAAGAUAAUGGAGAGUAUGAAAAAUUCAGCCCAGAUCAAGACAGGUUAGGUUCCUCAUAGGCUGCUGACUGUACAGACAGACUGGAAACCAUUUAUACUAAACAAGACAACUUACACCGUUUUUUAUCUAUCAUUGCCAGCUCAACUAAAACAUUGAUGUAGACAACUGUUUCAUGUGAUAUUUAAUUUUUGCUUUCAUCCAUUGAUUUACCAGUGGUUUGUUAUUGUGUUUAAUAACAGGUUACCACCACAACUAACGAGAUGUUCAAUGGCAUUUUGUUCAAGUAUUUUGCUUGAAGGUUUAAUUGUGGGCUGCUAUAUGGGUUCAGACCUUUUAAAGUUGUUUUUGAGUUAAACAAGAAAACUAUUGUUUUUUUUUUUUAUUUUUAAAUAUUUAUCUGUUGUGUACAUUAUGCAAAAUUAUUAUUUACCAAUAUACAUUUUUAUAUUUAUUCAAACAUUUUCAGCUGUUCAUUCGUUUUUAAGGAAAAAUUAUUUAUUUAUAAAAAAAAUAACUAUAUUUAAAUAUAAAAUAUAAUGUAAUUUUUGUAGUUCUUAAUAUGAAUUUUUAAAGAUGUAUCUAUUAUUUCCAACUUUUAAAACAUAAAGUUCUGUCAACUAGUUUCAUAAUUAACCUCAAUUUAAAAAAAAAAUGUUUUUAAUUUAUUGCAUGUCAAAAAAUAUUCACAAUAUUUGUUUACCAUACUUCAUUUUAGCGUAAGUGUUUAAUCUUGCUUUGAUGUUAGUGAACUCAUUACUUUAUAAUACACACAAAGUAUUAAGAAAGGCAGUGAUUGUGUCCCCCAAGCUGGAUAAUUACAAUGUAAUUACGACUAAGGAAAAUGUUGAAGUUUGUGAAUGAUGAACAUGUGAUAUUUAAGAGUGACUUUUGUGAAUAGGAUAUGAAAGGUUUUUUUUUUAAUUUAUGAAAACUAUGGCUUGUAGAUUUAAUUAAUUACUUAUAGAUUGGGACUGGAUGAAAAUUGAUUUUGUUAGCUAGUCUGGUUAGUGAUGGAAAGAUUUGAGUGCACAUGGCAAAUAAAACAAAUGUAAACUGGAAACUUUGUAACACUAACCAGAGGUUCAACUUAAGACUGUGGGUGUCUUCAUUAAAUGGUGUUUAUCAAUUUCUUGUUACAAAUAAUAAAGUUGUACACAUU